AUGUCUGAAUUCAAUACCGAAGAACCCUUGACUUCAAACGUCAGACCAGCAACCGACGCUUUGCUUACUGUCCGUAUCGUGAAGUCAUUUCCUUAUCGUAAUGUGAAAAAUACCCUCAUAAAAUCCAUCAACUUGAAAGAAACUACUCCAAAACAAUUGUUUGACCAAAUCUUAAACAUAAUAAACACAACCGGUGGAUUAAGACCUUAUAGAAAUGUCGAAUAUAACACCAUCAAGAUCUAUACGAAAGCUCAUGGUACCAAGUCAAUGAACUUGGUUAUUAACUUCGAUAAUGAUCAAGAUUGGAUAGUUUUUUGUAAUGACGAACUGAACAAAGUCGAUGACGAAAAGAAAACCUUGUGGGACUUUGGGAUAGAAAAUGAAACCGAGUUGAGUAUCUUCAAUUAUAACGAUUAUCUUGAGUUCAAAAAGAAUCCUGAAGAAAAAUGGUAGACAGAUUAGGUAAAUCUUAGCAUAUUCAAUUUUUAUUAAUGCAUGAAUGACCC